UUCAGGUAUCCAUUGAUAGAUGUAUCUACCAACUUUGCCUUCACAAGAGAUUGGAGGAGCAGAAACAUUGGACUCAAGCUUCACAAAGAAGGCUACAUUAGUGACAUGAACGCCAAAGCAACUGGAAUUCUGGACAGUGAACAAGUUGAUGUGUCCUUUAUACUUAAGACUGAUGGCAAAUAUGAAGGAUCUCUCACCAUGCAGACACCAUUUGAAGACUACAAAGAUAUUGGACUCUCUCUUCAACAUUCUGGAAACGUGCAGAGGUUUACAAGUCAAGGCACUAUCAGGUACAUGGAUGGCAAGUCUCUGGAGGGCACCCUGACUUUCUGGCAAUCUGGCCUGGCUCAUAUUGAUACCAAAGCAGAAAUCAAGACUCCCUUCCUGGGAUAUGAAUCUUCCCUUCUCAAAUACCGCCAUUCAAUGGAUGAUUCUCAAAUGACAUCAAAUGCUCUCGUUCUCUAUGGACGUGGACAACGAAUUACAUCUGAUCUUAAUAUCCAAACAUCACCUAAGAUCAGCUUUGAUCUAACUGUUCAAACACCCUACGACAGAUUCCAAAACAAUAAACUUAUGUUUACUCAUUCUGGGCCUAUUGUCAGCUGCACAAGUCAUGCGGAAAUGGAAAUCCUGGGCAAUACAGUCACUGCAGAUUCAUCAUUUGAACACGGAACGUCCACCAGAGCCAGUCUCGCCAUCAUCACUAACAUCGAGGGUAUGGAAGUGGUCAAGGCAUCUCUCAACAAGGAGGGAAGCAGCGAGAACUUUAGAGGUACUGCUUCAGCCUCCCUGAAGGAUUCCACCAUUCAAGCCGAUGUCACAGGUAGAAUUGCACAAGACAUCAGAGGAAGCCUUUCUCUUAGAACCCCCUUCAGUGACUUUAGAGACACAGCCAUUGUCAUUGAACACACAGGCAACUGGAAUGAUUUUAAUAGCGAAGGAAUGCUCCGUUACAUGGAUGGCAAAACAAUUGAGGGUAAAAUUAAGUUCUUCAAUAAUGGAUACAGGCAGAUAAAAACAAGUGCCGAGCUGAAGACACCCUUCACUUCCUAUGAAAUGAUGACCGUCGAAUAUGGACAUGAUUCCAGGAGCAAUUACUUUAAAUCCAACUCAGCAGUCACCUAUGGCAACGGACAGAGGAUUACAUCAGACAUCUCCGCAGAUACAGCCAGAGAUAUCAAUGUAAAUGCUGUGAUCAAAACUCCCUUCAGGGACUUCGAACUUAGUAGAGCAAUCUUCACUUCCACUGGCCCUCUCAGAAAUAUGAAAAACAAUGCAGAACUUGAGUUUGCCAAGACCAGACUAACUGCACAGACCAACUUUGCAAACAUAGGAUCAACAAAAGGUGAUCUCGUUAUCACAACAAACAUUCCUGGUUAUGAAAGUAUGAAAGGUUCCAUUGGAGUGGAAGGGGAUCUCACUGAUCUGAAAUCUACAGCACUUCUUAACAUUAAAGAUUCUACACUUGAAGUAGAUCUCAGUGCAAGUUUGAAGAACAGAAUCAUGGCAUCUGUGACGAUCAGGAGUCCUUUCCAGAACUUCAGAAAUGUGGGAGGCUUCAUUGAGCACUCAGGAUCGUUAUCACGAUUUAAUACUGAAGGAAAUCUUCGCUACAUGGAUGGAAAAGUUGUUGAAGGCAAAGUCGUCUUCUUAAAAUCUGGACUGACACAUAUUCAAGCUAGCGCAGAACUCAAAACACCUUUCCAAGGAUAUGAAAGUCAAUCUGCAGAGUACAAACAUUCACUGAAGAAUGGCCGUCUUAGCUCCACCAUGGAUGUCAACUAUGGUCAGCGUCAACAAGUACUGAUGACUGUAAAUGGCAUGAUGUCACCAACAAUAGACAUUAGUGCUACACUGAGAACUCCUUUCAGAAGCUUCGAAACCAGCAGAAUCAUCUUCACCCACGAUGGGCCUAUUGGCAACUGCAGGAGUCACCUGGAACUGCAAGCUAUUGGGAAGACACUCACUGCAGAUUUGGACUGCCAAACUGGUAGUUCUAUGAGCGGUAACCUGAAUGUAGUCAGCAACAUUGAAGGAUUGGAGAGCAUGAGGGUAUCUUACAGUAAGGAAGGGGAUAUCAAUAAUCUCAAAGCUAAAGGAUCCAUUGGAAUCAGACAGGAAACAUUAGAAGCAUCUCUAAACAAUGUCUUCAGUUCAAGGCGACUCUUGACUGACUUAUCCAUCAGAAAUCCAUACACAGAAGAUAUUGUUGCACGUGUAGAUUUCAGUGGGAGACCAACCAACUUCAAAAAUCAGAUUUCAGCCAGCAUGGGCACUGGUGGUUCCAUCUCCUCAGACUCAUCCUUCCGGCUUAGAAAUGGGGAUAUUGAUAUCAGCUCAGGAUUUAACUUCAAUCUGGCGGGACUUGGACAGACAGGAAAUAUCAAAUUCCACAAAGAAGGAGAACUUAAGAAUAUGAAAAUGAGUAUCAAUGGUGAUUACAACCAGAGGAAAGCAAGUGUGAAAGCCGAGUUCAGAGCACUGGACGACAUCCAUGGUCAGGUCAAAAUCGCAACACCAUUCAGACCAUACAGAAACCUUGGCUUCUCUUUUGACCAUUCUGGUACAUGGACUCGUUUUACUUCUCAAAGUAUGGUCCAGUUCAUGGAUAGGAGAAAGAUCACUGCAAAAAUCAACCAUUUCAGUCAUGACCUUGAUCGUCUAGAAAGUAGCUUAGAAAUUACUACACCUUUCCAAGGCUACGAGUUCACAAAAGCUGAGAUUGAUCAUGCUGCAACAACUAAUGGAAUCAACUGUAAUGCUGCUGUACAGUAUGCACAAGGACAGAAAGUUACAGGAGAACUCCAUGCUACAAUUUCGCCAAAGUAUGACGUGGAAGUCAAACUGACUACACCUUUCAGACAAUAUGAGGUUCUCUCUGCAUCCACAUCAUUUGAGCAUGGAACUGACAGAUACAAUCUAGAGAGCAAACUGAAUGCUGGAAAUGGCAAUCACUUUGGUCUUGAAUCAACUGCUGACAUGUCUACCACGCCCUACACGGCAGUUGCACGUAUCUCAACACCAUUUGAAAACUUUGAUUCUGCUGAAAUCUCUUUGACACAUGCUGGUGAACUACGGAAGUUCAGGUCCACAGGGACAAUACAAACUCCAAUGACCGGUACUCACACAGGUGAAGCGUCUUUCGGUUACACAUCCCUCUCAGAAAUGGAAGGUUUAAUAUCUCUUUCUGAUAACAUCAAGUUGGCUUUACACAACACCAACAGAAACCAGAAAUACCAAUCUCACAUUGAGGCUACAUGGAGUCCCACAGACAGAAUAGCUUUUGAUGGAUCCUACCAAUUCCUUGAUCUGUACAGUGAGAAAGAACUGACAACAGAUCUGACCCUGGUUACACCAUUUGAAGCUGCCAAAUUGACUGCUCUAAGGUUUGAACAUCAUCAAGGAUCGGAUAAAUAUACAGAGAAGCUGGAAGCUGAUUACAAUGGUGACAAUAUUCUGGAUAUGGACAUGGAGAUCUCCCGAGGUUCAAGGGAGCAGGGAACAUUCACAAUGAGGAAACCAAGGCCAAUGCAGCUGACUCUUUCAGGGGAAAUGGCUGAUGAGAACAUUGAUGGAGAGAUGUUUGUCAACUGGGACAGAGAUGAACCCGAGAGCAACAUCCGAAUCCAGACCACACUGACAGACAGGAGCAGACAGUCCCUGCUGAACAAAGACCUGACACUCAAGUUUAUUCAUCCCACCCGCACUGUUGGUAUCAUCGGAAAUGUCCUCAGUUCACAGCUCCAAACAAAGAGUCGUGGAGAAUUCAUCUGGAAUGAAGAUGCAGGACACAAACUUUUCUAUGAUGUGGAUGUUAAGGACCGUAGCCGCCGUAACAGCAAGAUGUAUGAUGGCACCUUCAAAGUGGGAUCCCCACUGAGAAGUCUCCAAAUGGAUGGGUCUUACAGUCAGACAGGUGCAAGCAAAACUCUGGAUGGAGCCUUCUCCUGGGAUGCAGACCGAGAUGACACAAAGAAGAUUGGCAUGAAAGCUGUCUUCACACCUGGUGACAAGAAUAAGCAGGCUGAUCUCUCUCUCAGACUUCCUUCUAUUGGAAAGAACAUCCAGAUCGACACAGAAAUGCUGCUGAAUGAUGGCAGGACAGUCUUCAAUGGAAAAACACAACUGUCCUACUCCAGUGACUCCCGAAAGACCCUGACACUUACAUCUCGACUGGAUGAUAUUUCCUAUGGAUGGGGUAACACCAACUACAGUCUUGUGGUUGGCGUAAGCCACCCAUAUACAGAUGUGGACGUCAAACUUACAUCCCACAUCGGCAGCUCCAGCGAGAAAGUAUCUGCUGGAACUGGAAUCACCUACCUAACAGCCAGAAGGGAAAGACAGAACUUUGCUCUCAGAGGCGAGAUCAACAAACUGAGAAAGCAGAUACAGCUGCAGAUGGAGACCCCAAUCAAGAACAUGGACCUCUCUGGUGAGAUGGAGGAAACUCCUUUCAAGCUGAAGAUCAGGAACAUGUAUGGAGACAAGAUUGUCCAAGCACACCUUACUGUUGACACCGAAAGGAGAAUGGUGGAUUUCCAAACUAACUAUGACCUAGACAACCCUGGAAAGACACUGAACAUGAAUGCCAGAUACGUCAAUUCAAGCGCCAUGCAGGCUGAGGUUUAUCAUCAGGACAAUUCUCGUCGACUUUCUGACAGUCUGCUUGCUCUCAGACUCAACACAUCCCGUCUUCUCCAUACCAGGAUAUCCUGGAGGCCACAGAUGAUCGCUGAUGUUCAGGGAUACUUGACCAAGACAGUGGAGACAUAUGGGCAAGAUACCAAGGCCUCUUUCCACUCUGUAUACGAGUCUGUGGGACAGGAAUUGUCCGGCAAGUACCACCGGAUUGCACAAGUCGCCAAAAAGGAACUGUCUCCUUACCUAACCAUGUUGGAAUCAGAGAUGGCUUCCAUAGAGAGACAGUUGGACUCUAUCAGGAGGGAUAUCAAGCGCAUGUACAACCGUAAUGACUUCUACAUAGCAGCAAUGGGAGAUUACUUCAGUCAGACAUUCGAAGCAUACAAGGACCUUGUGACUUCGACAAAGGAAGUGUUUGCUUCCACAAAUCAGAAACUGGCUGAAUACAUGCAGGAGAUGACAAACUUCCCCAUCGGACAAAAAUAUCAGGCCAUUGUUGCUGAAACCCUCGCCAACUUUAAGCGUGGUGUGGAUGAGCUUGUUGGAAUGACCGUGGUGAUGAUCUCAGGACUGGAUGAACAGCUGCAGAGUAUGAGGAACACUUAUCAUCAUCAUUACAACAACCUGCAGAAUUCGAUUACAGAGCUGAAGAACCAUCCUCGAUUGGCGACUGUCAGGCUUCAGCUUGCUGACACCUACCAGCAAUACCUCAACGCCAUUACCAACAAAGUACAGGACCUUAACAUCCCCAGCAAGUACAGCGCAAUUGUAGAGCACACACAGAAGAUGAUGACCUCCCGCCUAGGAGACAUCAUGAAGAGGGACGACCUCCAACAUCUGCUUUCCCUCACAAACGGUGCUUACCAAGAGGGUGUGUGGGCAUACAACUACUGGCAAGUAGAGGAGAACCUCAAGCAGCACCUGCAGAGCAUCUAUGAGAUCAUCAAGGAGAUGAUUGAGGAGGAGGUUCAGAAAUACAGGGAACAAUUGGUCUUUCUGGAAAAGUCCAAGGUCACAGUUUGGGAUCCUGAACAUGGAGAGAUCCAGAUAGACUUAUACCUGCCUAUUCCACUUCAAUCUCUGGACACACUUCCAGAAAUUCAGACGUAUGUUCAAAGGGCAAAGACUGCAAUCAACACAUACAUUCCAGACAAGGCAACGUACCAGAGAUACAUCCCAACAUCAUUGUGGCAGACACCCAAUGCUACAACGAGGAUCAAUCGUGAAAUGAAAACCUUGCCAAACGCCUCUCAGAGACGUCCCUUGAGAAGGUACAACGCCAUCCGUCUCUAAGACCACAGCCUUCCAACACCCAUUGAACCCCUUACAGAAAAAUGAUCUAGACAAUGUAUUGACUAUUUAUAGUACCAAACGUUUUAUGUAAGAUCAAUGUUACUUGUAAACUGUACUGAACAAAUGAUAGAAGACAAACUAUUUGAAUAUUUAGUAGUGAAAAAUAUGUCUAUUAUGUUUGCUUGUAAACGAACACUUCCAUUAUGUGGAAUGUGUGGUGUCUUUUGUUCAGUAUAUGUUACAGAUAAGGUAACAAGUAGCAUGUAACAAAUUCCUUCCCAGUCCAAGAAUAAAUAUUUGCAUUCAAA